GGGCCUGCUUUUCCAGGAGGCCUUUUGACAAUGACUGUGCAGACCUGACCACGCGCCCCUGCUCCCCUCCUCCCCGCAGUGGCCGGGGCUGUCUUGGGAGAAGCCCCGCGGCCUGGGGCUGGUUCCUGGGGCUGGCACCAGAGCUGCUCUGAGGCCUCCCUGCAGCCCUUCUCCUGUCCCUCUGGGCGUUUCCCGGGCUCCUCGCUCUGCUCAGCAUUCCCCCUGGAGAACCACUCUGCCGGCUCGCCGAGGAGCAGGGCCGGCCUUUCUCCUGAGGAGCAGGCCAGGGCCGUGGGGCCAGGAUGGCUCUGGCUCACCCGAGCCUCACAAAGAUAAUCGCUCAGGAAGUGUUUCAGCCAAUCCGGGGCCGCUUUACACUCCGAUUGGCCGGCGCAGCCAAUCGGGGGUGAGCUUUUAUUAGGCGGCCAGAUCAUCAGCCGAAGUGCCAAACCCUUUUUCUGUGAGAACUAGGAGCCUGUCCUCCAUGUUUUAUAAGUAUUGACAUUACACAGUGUUAACAAUGCAUCCACAGAGCUUGGCUGAAGAGGAAAUAAAAACAGAACAGGAGGUGGUAGAGGGCAUGGAUAUUUCUACUCGCUCCAAAGAUGAGGAACCUGAGGCUCCAGAUGGUGGGGUCUCCUGGGUGGUCAGCAGCACAGCAGGACUGAACAGAGACUGGCUCCAAGGAGGUGCCUCCAUCCUGGAUGUGCCUGCCGUGGCCCGUGGACCCUCACGGCCUGUCCUCUGCUUCUUCCUCCUCCCCCUGGGAGAGGCUGCCGAGGAACCGGAAGCAGGAAUGUCUGCAGAGCAAGCCUCUGUGUCUUUGGAGAAGGCCAGGCCAGGCCCUCGGAGAAGCCAGGCUUUCUCCAUGGCCGAUCCUGGCUCUGCAGACAGAACAGCCCAGAAAAGAAAGUUCCCCAGCCCCCCACAUUCUUCCAAUGGCCACUCGCCGCAGGACACCUCGACAAGCCCCAUUAAAAAGAAAAAGAAGCCCGGCUUACUGAGCAGCAACAGCAAGGAGCAGUCAGAACUAAGACAUGGUCCGUUUUACUAUAUGAAGCAGCCACUCACCACAGACCCUGUUGAUGUUGUACCGCAGGAUGGACGGAAUGAUUUCUACUGCUGGGUUUGUCACCGGGAAGGCCAAGUCCUUUGCUGUGAGCUCUGUCCCCGGGUUUAUCACGCUAAGUGUCUGAGACUGACAUCGGAACCAGAGGGGGACUGGUUUUGUCCUGAAUGUGAGAAGAUUACAGUAGCAGAGUGCAUCGAGACCCAGAGCAAAGCCAUGACAAUGCUCACCAUUGAACAGCUCUCCUACCUGCUCAAGUUUGCCAUUCAGAAAAUGAAACAGCCAGGGACAGAUGCAUUCCAGAAGCCCGUUCCCUUGGAACAGCAUCCCGACUACGCAGAAUAUAUUUUCCACCCCAUGGACCUUUGUACACUGGAAAAGAACGCUAAAAAGAAAAUGUACGGCUGCACGGAGGCCUUCCUAGCUGACGCCAAGUGGAUCUUGCACAACUGCAUCAUUUAUAACGGGGGAAAUCACAAAUUGACGCAAAUAGCAAAAGUAGUCAUCAAAAUCUGUGAACACGAGGUAUGUGUUUCCCGCCGACCCGUAGACGCGUCCAGAGCGGGGUGCUGGGAUCCGAAGGCGCGGUGGGGGGGCCACGGUGUGACGAGCGCCUUUGCCUCCCGGUGGCCUCAGGGAGGAGAUGCUCCUCUGUGGCUUUCUCUCCUGAGCUCUUUUCCUGGUUGUCACAGCAAUCCACAUCCUUUGGUCUGGGCAAAACUGAAGGGGUUUCCAUUUUGGCCUGCAAAAGCCCUGAGGGAUAAGGACGGGCAGGUCGAUGCCCGUUUCUUUGGACAACACGACAGGGCCUGGGUUCCAAUAAACAAUUGCUACCUCAUGUCUAAAGAAAUUCCCUUUUCCGUGAAGAAGACCAAAAGCAUCUUCAACAGCGCCAUGCAGGAGAUGGAGGUCUACGUGGAGAACAUCCGCAGGAGGUUCGGGGUCUUCAAUUACUCUCCCUUCAGGACGCCCUACACGCCCAACAGCCAGUACCAGAUGCUGCUGGACCCCGCCAACCCCGGCGCGGGCACGGCCAAGACGGACAAGCAGGAGAAGGUCAAGCUCAACUUCGACAUGACGGCCUCGCCCAAGAUCCUCAUGAGCAAGCCCCUGCUGGGCGCGGGCGCGGGCCGCCGCAUCUCGCUGUCGGACAUGCCGCGCUCGCCCAUGAGCACCAACUCCUCGGUGCACACGGGCUCCGACGUGGAGCAGGACGCCGACAAGAAGGCCACCUCCAGCCACUUCAGCGCCAGCGAGGAGUCCAUGGACUUCCUGGACAAGAGCACCGCCUCGCCACCCUCCAUGAAGACGGGACAGGCAGGGAGUCUGUCCGGCAGCCCGAAGCCCUUCUCCCCGCAAGCGUCUGCGCCCAUCAUGACCAAGACGGACAAGACGUCCACCACCGGAAGCAUCCUGAACCUUAACCUGGAUCGCAGCAAAGCCGAGAUGGACCUGAAGGAGCUGAGUGAGUCCGUGCAGCAGCAGUCCGCCCCGGCGCCCCUCAUCUCCCCCAAGCGGCAGAUCCGCAGCAGGUUCCAGCUGAAUCUCGACAAGACCAUAGAGAGCUGCAAAGCCCAGUUAGGCAUCAAUGAAAUCUCGGAGGACGUGUACACGGCCGUGGAGCACAGCGACUCGGAGGAUUCCGAGAAGUCCGAGAGUAGCGACAGCGAGUACCUCAGUGACGACGAGCAGAAGUCCAAGAACGAGCCGGAAGACGCGGAGGACAAGGACGGCAGCGCGCUGGACAAGGAGCCACCCGCUGCCAAAAAAAAGCCCAAGCCCGCCAACCCCGCGGAGGUCCCCGAGGAGCCCAAGAGCGCGUCUCCAGUGGGCGAGAAAGCAGAGCCCGUGGCCGCGAAGGCCAGCCCCGAGCCCGAGAGGGACUCUGCCGAGAGAGCGAAGCCGUCCCCGCAUCCCACCAAGGACAAACUGAAGGGCAAAGACGAGACGGAUUCCCCGACGGUGCACUUGGGCCUGGACUCGGACUCAGAGAGUGAACUUGUCAUAGACUUGGGAGACGACCAUCCUGGGCGGGAGGGCCGGAAAAACAAGAAGGACCCCAAAGAGCCGCCUCCCAAGCAGGACGUCGUCGGUAAAGCGCCGCCGUCCACGACUUCCGGCAGCCAGUCUCCCCCCGAGACCCCGGUGCCCACCCGCUCCUCCUCCCAAACCCCUGUGGCCGGCGUCCCGGCCACCACCAGCACGACGUCCACCGUCACGGUCACCGCGCCGGCCCCCGCCGUCACAGGAAGCCCGGUGAAAAAGCAGAGGCCGCUCUUACCGAAGGAGACUGCCCCGGCCGUGCAGCGGGUCGUGUGGAACUCAUCAAGUAAGUUUCAAACGUCCUCCCAAAAGUGGCACAUGCAGAAGAUGCAGCGUCAGCAGCAGCAGCAGCAGCAGCACAGCCAGCAGCAGCAGCCUCAGUCUUCCCAGGGGACGAGAUAUCAGACCAGACAGGCUGUGAAAGCUGUCCAGCAGAAGGAGGUCACGCAGAGCCCGUCCACGUCCACCAUCACCCUGGUGACCAGCACGCAGCCAUCGCCCCUGAUCAGCAGCUCGGGCUGCACAAGCACCCUGGCGUCGUCCAUCAGCGCCGACCUGCCCAUCGCCACCGCCUCAGCCGACGUCGCCGCCGACAUCGCCAAGUACACGAGCAAAAUGAUGGAUGCCAUAAAAGGGACGAUGACAGAAAUAUACAACGACCUUUCCAAGAACACGACUGGAAGCACAAUCGCUGAGAUCCGCAGGCUGAGGAUCGAGAUCGAGAAGCUGCAGUGGCUGCACCAGCAGGAGCUCUCCGAGAUGAAGCACAACCUGGAGCUGACCAUGGCUGAGAUGCGGCAGAGCCUGGAGCAGGAGCGGGACCGGCUCAUUGCCGAGGUGAAGAAGCAGCUGGAGCUGGAGAAGCAGCAGGCGGUGGACGAGACCAAGAAGAAGCAGUGGUGUGCCCACUGCAAGAAGGAGGCCAUCUUCUACUGCUGCUGGAACACCAGCUACUGCGACUACCCCUGCCAGCAGGCCCACUGGCCCGAGCACAUGAAGUCCUGCACCCAGUCAGCCACUGCCCCUCAGCAGGAAGCGGAUGCAGAGGUGAACGCAGAGACUGGGAACAAGCCCUCCCAGGGGGGCCCCUCCAGCGCCCAGCCAGCCGCCUCGGACGCCACCAGCGCCUCCAAAGAGAAGGAGCCGUCAGCCGAGAAGAGCAAGGACAGCAGCUCGACCCUCGACCUUUCUGGCUCCAGAGAGACGCCCUCCUCCAUUCUCUUAGGCUCCAACCAAGGCUCUGUUAGCAAAAGGUGUGACAAGCAGCCUGCCUCCACCCCAACCACCACAGACCACCAGCCGCACCCCAACUACCCCGCCCAGAAGUACCACUCCCGGAGUAGCAAGUCCAGCUGCUGGGGCGGCGGCGAAGAGAAGCGAGGGUCGGCCCGCUCCGAGCUCGGCGCCGGCUCCAGCGCCAAGAGCCUCAUCCCGAAAGAGUCUCGGCUCGACGCCUUCUGGGACUAGGGGCAAGCUGUGACCAGACCGCCCGUCCCACGGGGAGGACGCGGGCACCAGGAAAAUGGGAAACGGCGGAGGGAAACGGCGGAGGCGGAGAAGGACCGCUGCGGGCGCCGCGGGCAGCCCCCACGCGUCCAGGCCCUCGCGAGCGCCCGCGGGAGGGGCGGCUGCUGUAGGUGUAAAUACUGUACAAUUUGUGGAUGUCACUGACCUAGAGCACCUUCCCUUUUUAUAUUUGUAUCGACUUUAACUUAUAAAAAAAGAAAAACAAGUUUAAAAAAAAAAACACCCAACAACGAAAGGAAUGUUGGCUGCGGAGGCGGACGGGCACGCGCUCCUGGGCCGGGCCGGGGGCACAGUGGUCCUGGCCGGGCCUGGGCUUGCUGCUGCACGGGCCUCACCCUCGGCCCCUGGGGAAGCCAGCGCUGUCCGGUGUCUGUCCACAGCACGUUGGUUGGGUCAGGAGCUCCAGCCCAGCUCUGCCGUGGGGACCCGGCACGCCAGGCCAGUGGCCCCUUGCGGAUGCCCACGUCACUGUGUCCUGCCACGCAGGCUCUGCAGACCAGGAGCCAUGGGGCAGGGGCCGUUUAUUCUGUGUGGCUGAAGUGGUGGCUCCUAAAAGGGAAAAUCAACAUCCUGUUUACAGAAGAUGCUCGGAGGCUAGUGAGCCCUGCCCAGCUCGGCACCAACUCAACUCGGCAGCAAAGAGAAACCUUUUCUUGUUUGUGGUUCCUUUGGACACUCACUCACCCACGGGAGGAGAUGCUGUGCUCCUAGAAGCAGGAACUCAAAGGCAGAUGCACACCGAGGAGCGUGCAUCCGAGGAAGCAUGUGUGUAUUAUUUAUAUGAUGGAGCUCUGCGUUUUUAUGUAAGCAUGAAACAGUGGCAGUAUGAGAAAGCAAGACCGCCAUGCUGUCUGUUACACUACGUAAGCUGUAGUACCAUUUUGUAUGUUGUGUAAAACAAAAAGCAUUGAUCAAAGCAAAAGGUGAUGUAUGUAUAUGAGAAUAUUAAUUGUACGAUAUCAUUCCAGUACAUUCUGUUGUACAUUUUAGUCUCGUUUACUUUCUCUUCAUUGUUGAUAAGAGGAUGCUGGCUGUACGGUUUCCAGCUAGCCACCCACAUUAGAGAAGAAAGAAGAACAGAUAUUAGAAGAAAGCAGGAGAGAAAGAACAUUUGUGAAUUGCAGUUGUCAAAAAAAAAAAAAAUAGCCUAGCUGGCCUUAUUUGUGAAGCAUAAUUGCUUUUAGCAUAUGGAAGUAUUUUUUCACAUUUUCUUUGUAUAAAAUUUGUAUUAAACUUAAAUAUCUUUUUUGAA